AUGACUUCCAACGCUUCAAGAAGCACGCUCUCUUUACUGGGUACUAUGGCGACAGCGCUCGCUUUGCAGUCAUGUUUCCAGCGCGGGUCCUUUGCUGUGCUUUUUGUGCACCUGCUUUGUCUCGAAGUCAUCACUUACUGUGUGUAUAUGGUGGUCAUCUAUCCAUUCUUCCUCAGUCCAUUGAGAGGGGGGAAGUUUCUGCUUGGGCAUGGGAUGGCUGCAUACGAACAACCCGCUGGGAACACGUUUCUCAAAUGGAUGAGAAACGUUCCCAACGACGGCCUCAUAUUCUAUCGAGGGCUAUUCUACCAAGAUCGCCUUCUCGUCACUAGCCCACAGGCUCUAAGCGAAGUCUUGGUAACAAGGACCUAUGAUUUUCAGAAGCCCAAAAUCUUACGAGACUUUCUUCGCCUCUUCCUCGGGGAUGGGCUGAUUAUCGUUGAGGAAGAUCUGCAUCAAUUCCAGAGGAAGAACAUAGCGCCAGCUUUCACGUUUCGCGUUAUCAAGGAAAUGUAUCCGGUCUUUUGGGCAAAGGCGAAGCAGUUCGUCCGAGUCGUUGGGGAGCAAGUUGCCCAUAGCCCACAGGAAACAUUACACAAUGCAAAGGCAGAAGAUGCUUCAGUGGUGGAAAUAGGUCGUUGGGCAAGUCAAGUCUCGCUGGACACCAUUGGAAUUGCCAUUGGCCAGGACUUCCAGACCCUCGCAAACUCGCAAGAUCCGCUCAUCGCGAAUUACAAAGAGCUCACCAACCCGACCUUCGAAAACCAAAUUUACUUCCUCUGUAACAUGGUUCUAUCCCCAACGUUCGUGUCCGCAUUGCCAUGGAGAGUGAACCAGCGCAACAAACGUCUCCUCCGCAACAUUGCCAGCAAAUGUCUAGGCCUCAUCGAGACAAAGAAAGAAGAGUUGGAGUCGGGGACCAGAGCAUCAAGAUACAGUGAUGUUCUGUCACUAUUGAUUGAAUCACGAAAUUUCUCGACGUCCCAGCUCGUCGACCAAAUUCUCACGCUCAUGGUCGCUGGUCAUGAGACUACUUGGUCCACCUUCACGUGGAUCACAUUCCUCCUCGCAAGGCAUCCGGGAAUCCAACAAAAUCUUCGGAAUGAAGUAACUGAGAAUUUACCGUGCCCGAAGUCUGCGGACCCCAGCGAAGUAGACUUCGAUUUCGACGUCGCUGAGAAGCUCCCUAUCCUCAACGGGGUCUGCAAUGAGACGCUCAGAUUAUAUCCCGCAAUUCCAGUAACAGCCCGUGACGUGGUAAGGCCUACACAACUAGCCGGUCAACAUGUCCCUGCGGGAACACAAAUCAUUGUUUCACCAUGGGCCAUCAAUCGCGAUGAGACACUUUGGGGAGCCGAUGCUCACGAGUUCAAGCCUGAGCGUUGGAUCGACAUUGAUGAGGCCGGGAAGCAGCGAGUGAACAAUACAGGCGGGACGCAUAGUAACUACGCAUUCCUGACCUUCUUACAUGGGCCUCGAAGCUGCAUUGGUCAAGGUUUUGCUAAGGCUGAGUUACGGUUAUUGGUCGCGGCAUUCGUAGCCUGUUUUGAAAUGCAGAUGGCGGACCCUCAUGAAGUAGUCAUUCCAUAUGGCGUGGUGGCCGUCAAGCCAAAGACCGGGUUGCAUCUUAGAUUGAAGCGUUUGCCUGUGUGA